UGGGUCUCUUUACUGAUGUACUUUAGCCUUCAUACUAAUGGCCAAUGGCACAAUCUUCAUGCCAUCGCUGCUUUUUCUGAUUGGGAUACCUGGCCUAGAGACUGUGCAGUGCUGGAUUGGAAUUCCAUUCUGUGCCAUGUAUGUCAUUGCCAUGGUUGGAAAUUACCUGCUCCUGUUCAUCAUUCGAUCUGAAAGCAGUCUCCACAAGCCCAUGUAUCUCUUCUUGGCCAUGUUGGGGGUCACUGAUAUUGCCCUCAGUACUUGCAUCCUCCCCAAGAUGUUGGGCAUCUUUUGGUUUCAUCUGAAGGAAAUCUACUUUGAGGCCUGCCUGCUGCAAAUGUGGCUCAUUCACACAUUCCAGUGCAUAGAGUCAGGCAUCUUAUUGGCCAUGGCUCUGGACCGAUAUGUGGCCAUCUGUGAUCCCCUGAGGCACACUACUAUUUUCACCCCACAACUGCUCACUCAGAUUGGGGUUGGGGUGACCUUAAGGGCUGCUAUCCUGGUGGCCCCAUGCCUUGUGCUUAUCAAAUGCCACCUGAAACAUUACCGAACAACAGUCAUUUCCCACACUUACUGCGAGCACAUGGCCAUUGUAAAGCUGGCUGCUGAUGACAUCCGGGUCAACAAGGCCUAUGGUUUGUUUGUGGCCUUUACUAUCCUGGGCUUUGACAUUAUCUUCAUUACCCUGUCCUACAUUUUGAUCUUCAUAGCAGUGUUCCGUUUACCCCAGAAAGAGGCCCGCCUCAAAGCCUUCAACACCUGCAUUGCUCACAUCUUUGUUUUCCUUGAAUUCUAUCUCCUUGCUUUCUUCUCUUUUUUCACUCAUCGGUUUGGAUUCCACAUCCCCCCCUAUGUCCACAUCCUCCUCUCUAACCUGUAUCUAUUGGUUCCACCUCUUCUCAACCCCAUUGUCUAUGGUGUAAAGACCAAGGAAAUUAGGAAUCGCAUCAUCAAAAUGCUCCACUAUUAGGAUCAGUUCUAAUCCUCAGGAAUUUUUGAAUGGUCAUCAUCAUUGGCUCUCAAAAUUGUUGAGAAAUAUUCCUCAUUCUCCCUUCUGUUGUGUUCUUGGCAAGUAUAGCAGUUUCCUUGUUACCACAUGGUAUGACCAAUUGAUCGAUUUAAAGGUUACAGUUCAAUAGACUCAGAAAUAAAUUUAAUUCAAUUUAACAAAA